UGCCUGGGCCCUAUAGAAAUUGGAGUCUGGAGAAGGCAAAGGGAGGGGGAUAUUUGGAGGCCCAGGGAAGGGGCGGGGCCUAGGGAAGAGGCGGGGUCCAGGGAUAGGAGGCCUGGAAGGGCCGGGGCGGGGCUUGGGGCGGUCCAGCUGCGGUCUCCCGUACUCCCCACCGUGGUGGUGGUGGCGGCCGAGGAGCAAAACACGUACCGGCUCCGUUCCCGCCCCCGUCGAAGCCGAAGCUGCAGCCGGCGCCAGACUGGGGCCAUGGGCGCCCCGCGCCGCCCGGGUCAUGAGGACGGAGGCGGAGGCAGCGGGGUCGCCGCUCGAGCUGGUGUCUGCAGCAAGGAGUUGGGCCUGAUGCUAUCCUGGGGUUUCCAUCCGACUCCCCCAACUCUGUGAUCUUGAACCAGGGGACUUUGUGCAGCUGCCCGUGCCUGUCAUCCAGCAGCUCUACCACUGGGACUGUGGCCUGGCCUGCUCCAGGAUGGUGCUGCGGUACCUGGGCCAGUUGGACGAUGGGGAGUUUGAAAGCGCCCUGCAGGAGCUGCGGCUGACCAGGAGCAUCUGGACCAUCGACCUGGCCUACCUGAUGCGCCACUUUGGUGUGAGGCACCGCUUCUGCACCCAGACCCUGGGUGUGGACAAGGGCUACAAAAACCAGUCCUUCUACAGGAAGCACUUCGACACAGAGGAGACUCGGGUGAACCAGCUGUUUGCACAAGCCAAGGCCUGCAAGGUGCUGGUGGAGAAAUGCACGGUGAGCGUGCAGGACAUCCAGGCGCACCUGGCACAGGGCCACGUGGCCAUCGUGUUGGUGAACUCGGGGGUGCUGCACUGCGACCUGUGCUCCAGCCCCACCAAGUACUGCUGCUUUGCCCCCCGGGGCCAUCGCUGCUUCUGCCGCACCCCCGACUACCAGGGCCACUUCAUCGUGCUGCGUGGGUAUAACCGGGCCACUGGCUCCAUCUUCUACAACAACCCAGCGUAUGCCGACCGCCUCUCUCACUGCCUUCUCCCCAAAGACCCUGCUUCUCCUGGACCCCUGUCACCUGUGCCAUCCCUCUGGGCAUGCAGCAAGCCAGCCACAACUCUCAAGACAUGCUGGCCUCCUCCACAUCCAGGGAUGUGCAGCACCAGCGUCAGCAACUUUGAGGAGGCCAGGACCAGCUACGGCACGGACGAGGACAUCCUCUUCGUCUACUUGGACAGCUGACAGCGGGAGCCUGGCGUGCCCAGGCCCUCAGACCCCGCCCUGCCCUGCCCCGCCCCGGCCUGGCCUUCUCAGGAGGCCCUGCCCCAGGCCCAGGGCAGCUGGGGCUUGGGUGCACAGCUUUGGCCUCAGCCCGUGUCACAAAAGCCCAGGGAGCUCUGGGAGGCCACGGCACAGCCGACUCGCCCGCCAGCAGUGAGUGCCGUCAGGCCGCUUACCCCCCACCACUGGUUGCUGGUCCCCAGAGCUCCUGAGCAGAGCUGCCCCAGGACCCUUGGCCUGACCCCAGCUGUGUCCGGGGCCCCCCAGCCCCAAGAGUUCCCUUGUUGCCUGGGCCUAUCCCCCCACAGACCUGGGGACCGAGCCCUGGCGAGAGCUGUUACUUGCCAGGGCAGCAUUUGUGUGUUUGGAGACGAGCCGACCCUGGCUGCACGGCAAGCUUUCCUCCCCCUUCUCCCUGGGGGUGCUGCAGGGUCCCCAAGGACCCACAGCUGGUUGCGAGGCCUGUGGCCCCUGAGGAGGGCUGGACCUCAGGCAGAAAGGACUCUGGGGCGCCCGCAGCCCUCCGGGGACUCCAGUUCUACAGUGUGUGUGGGCAGGAGCCUGGUCGUGCUGGCCCCAGUGCUGGCCGUGCUCAGGGAAGCCUGACCCAGAGGGCCCCAAAGACGCCCCCACCCCGACCUCCCGACACUCACCUGAGUCCCAACAGUGGGGCCCAUCUGAGCACGGGGAGCCCAGAUCUUGCAGGGCUGGGGCGCGGGGCCUGUGCUCCUCAAGCAGAACCCUGGUGUUCGUGCCAGGACCUUUUGCACAGAAUGUCGGGUCUCUUCUGUCUGGAUGGAGAAGGGUGACGCCUGCCUGGGCCACACAGUGUGGCGUGGCGCGCGGACUGGAAGUGUUGCCUUUUCUUUUUUGGGGUGAGAGUUGGUUUUUUGAGAUUUAAGUUUUCAGUGUUGGGGAGUGAGAAUCACCCUCAAGAAAAUAAUAGCAAGAUUGGGGGUACUCUGGAAUGGCUGACGCCUCUUUUGGGGGGGGGGGAGAUAGGCCCGUUGGAGUUACCUUUCAAAGAGCAGGACUCCCAGCUGGUGGGCUGAGUGCCAGGGCCCUCACCUCGCAGAGUCCAGCCAGGUUUGGGUGAGUUUGCCCAGGAGCCCGGUGGAGUUGGGUCUUGAACCCAGUCUGCACCUAAAAAAAUAAGGGAAGUGCAUCAUUCCCAGAGGGGCUGGGGACACACACACCCCUCUGGGGCUGCCCCUGGUGGAGGGGCCCCAACAACCUCUUUGCUCCUCUACCCCUGAGUCUUGGUCUUCCAGUGCCCACGGCAUGGUGUGGUGGCAGCUGCUGCCCCUGCCCUCCCCCCUCAGCUGUCCCCUCCCCUCCAUGGCAGCUCCGGGGCAGAGGUGGCCUCUGCCUGCGAAGGCCAUCAGACCGCCCAGCUGCAUUGCUCCUCGACACCAGAUGCAGCCGUGGCUGAGAAGGGAGCACUGCAGCUGGGCAGCCACCCUGGGUGCGAGGCUAGUGUCGCCUUCACGCUGGUCUCACGUCUCUUGCCUUAAUGCGGUGUGGCCCCGGACUCCAGGGAGUUCUGGCUCCACGCCCAGCAGUACCACAUGUGAUAGCCGUGGGGUUGGGGCAGGCUCCAGCGGGGUCUGGGUGAAACUGGGGGGAAGACAGAUGUAUCAUGGGAAACAGGAAGUGGAGCUCUCAGGGUGGCUGAAAGGGAGGCCCGGAGUCUGCACAGGGAGAGCAGACUCCGUGGAGAGUGGUCACAGCACCUCCGUCUGUCACGCAACGUGUGGAACGCUCUGUCCCUGGGCUUGGAGGAUGGCUUCUCAGGGUGAGCCAGAAGUUAGGGGGCAACUGUCUGGAAGAUUGACAGGAAGGCCGCCUGCCCCUGUGAUGGUGCUGUCUUCCUGGAGAGGGUCGUGGGGGCAGGACGCAGCCCACAGCAUCCUGUGCAAUGAAGAAAUCAUGGAAAUGACCUGAGAAAUGGCCCCGUUAGGAACUGCUACCUACAGAACGUGGCGCCCGUGACCCCUGUCCAUAAGCUGAGGGUCCAGCACAGCCCCCAAAGCCACAGUGGACAGUUGGCUUUGUUUACUCCAGCCACAUGGGGACAAAAAGGAUCUUUUGCAUUGCAGAGAUUUUAUACAUAUAUUUUGUUUGUAAUGAGCCAUUCUCAAUAAAUGUUAUUCUUCUGCAAAAUGGUGGCAGCUUCUGGUCUGCCCUCAUGGAUCCUUGUCUCCUCAGCACAGUCACGUGGGAGCCAAGUCCUUGGCUGGGAUCCAGCUUUCUGGGGUCUGCAUCACCCCCUGAUGCGUGUGCAAGGCCUAAGCGGGCAGUGCUGGGGGUGGAAGCGCCUCAGACCUC